GUUGCUCGGUCAGUACGAACUUCUGAAGUAACUAGAGGGCUGACUCAAUGAAUUUUUUACCUGAUACUUGUCUUCUCUUGUUCUCUCCGCCCUCCAACUAAACAAACAUCCAGCCCCGUCCGCUUACAGAGAGAGUUAGAAAAGGGAAAAUUUUCCCCCGCCGCGAUAUUUGAACAUUAAUAAUUAUUAUGACCGCGUAUGGUAUGUAUGUUAAGAUACGGAUUUUGUAUAGCUGGAUGAUAGUAUUCAGACUUCCUGAGCUCUCAUUGUGAAUUUCUUUGAAUUUCCUUUAGUUUUAUUAAUUCAAAAAAUACCACCCCUUUUUUUUUUUUAUCACACAUAAUUAAGGCCAUUUUUGGACCUGCUCCAACAACACCUAGAAAUAUAUCCGGUGAAAUUGAGAGCGCGAAUAUCCAGAAACGUCCGUUUUCUCUGAACAAAACGAGACACAAAGAUCUAGGGAACGCGUCUCUCCAAAUGUCCACUUUCACAUUUGGCUUUGGAGGGGACGACAUUGACGACCGGGAUACGGAGAAUGAUCAAGGUCCUGAUGAUACUGGCAUCGAUGCUGGUAUUCGCCAGCUGGACAUAGCGGGGACGAAAACUGGAGGAGAGGGGGCGGAGGGGGAAGAAAGCGUCCUGGUUGAGGCGAGCUAUUGCGAUCUUGAUGAGAUGCUUUCCACACUCCCGUCCCAAAUAUCAUACAACAUGCUCCCAAUAAAUCCCCAAUCACCAUCAUCCGAGGGUCCAAGCCUCACUAUCCCUCGGCGCGAAGUCUUUGACAUUCGCGCCCAGUUGAUGGCAGAAGAUGAUGCAGAUACCAACGAAAAUGCAGAGUUGAUAUCUGGCCUGGAAAAGGGUGAUCUAAAACCGACUGUUUACGAAGGCGGCUUGAAGACGUGGGAGUGUGCUAUUGAUCUGGCUAAGUUGGUGGCCGCUGAGGAAAUACCUUCCCUCCUAUCGGAUACGGCGGAGGGGGGGAGUGAAGAUAUUGAUAUCAUAGAGCUCGGAGCAGGAACUGCCAUACCGUCCCUUGCGAUUUUACAUCAUCUCCUUUCACGACCUGUCCCACGGAGCCUGCCUCGGAGGAUAAUCCGUUUCGUGUUUGCGGAUUACAAUGCUGCCGUGCUACGACUAGUCACCGUGCCGAAUAUACUCCUUACAUGGCAAACUUGCCGCCGCCAUCAUCUCGACCACUCGCAACAACGACAACGACAACAACAACAACAACCGGAGGGGAAUAUCCCUCCUAACAUCGAUCACGGAACCGAUGCCGAACAUAACCUUAAUCGCAAUCGGUGGGAUGGUGGUCGUGCGGACGAUGACGAACAACCUGACCUAGACAUCGAGCCAGCUCUCCUCUCUGCGUUCCGUGAAGACCUACACGCCCGCGGAAUUUGUUUAUCAUUCAUAUCAGGCGCCUGGUCACCUGCCUUUGUCGACUUAGCUUUACCGAACCGUUUGCAGUCAUCGCCCUCAUCAUCACCAUCAUCACCAUCAUCGCAACCAAGGCGAACAAAUCUCCUCGUCCUCGCUAGCGAAACAAUCUACUCCCCUGCCUCCCUACUCCCCUUUUCAGAAACAUUACUGGCGCUCCUCCGACGCGGUGGCCGGUUCGGCGUCACAUUCACAGGUACAUCUACAUCUGCUCUUCCCCUUGACCCUGCAGCAGGGUCCGCUGGAGUUACGAAUAAGACUCCGCUACCUAAAUACAAUUCCAAAGCUCUAAUUGCCGCCAAGGAGGUAUAUUUCGGCGUUGGGGGUGGGGUUGACGAGUUUUUGAAUGUAAUGCGGGAUGUCGGGCGCAGUAAGGGCAGGGUUAGUGAUGAUGAUGAUGGUUUUUCUGUGAAGGAGAGGGCUGAGAUUAGGAAUGAGGGGGUUGGGAGGCUGGUGUUGGAGGUAAUAGUAUAGUAUGAGGAGAGCUAGGGUUGGGUUUGGGGGUGCAAAAAGUUGGUGAAAAAAACAUACAACAGCCGGGAUUCGCUGGUGGUCACCCAC